AGUGACUGCUUCUCCUUCCUCAUUUUUUGGAAGCCCAGUCCACCACACAGCUACACUGUACAUCCCAGUUCUCCGAUGGACGAAGAAAGCAAACUGAUCCAGCCCCAAGAUCAGAGCUGCUGGGCCACUCUGCCUGAUGUGUGCCUGCGCCGUGUGUUCUGGUGGUUGGGAGACAGGGACAGGUCCAGGGCAGCCCUGGUCUGCAGGAAGUGGAACCAGAUGAUGUAUUCAGCUGACCUGUGGCGAUACAGAACCAUCACUUUCAGCGGGAGACCUUCCAGGGUACACGCAUCUGAUUUCGAGUCGGCUCUUUGGUACAUUAAGAAAUUUGGUCGUUAUCUAGAACACCUGGAGAUCAAGUUCCUAAAUCCUUACAAUGCUGUCUUGACCAAGAAGUUCCAGGUCACCAUGCGAGGCCUUCUGUCAUGCCUGGGCAAGAAUAACAACCGUCUAAAGUCUCUCUCCAUCCAGCACCUGGAGAUGGACCGCCUGGUCUGGAGGAACAGCACCAGGAACUCACUCAUCAAGAGCUUGAGCUUCUUCCUAAAGAAAAUGGGCAAACACCUGGACUACCUCAGCCUGAAAGGAGCCAGGCUGACCGUGGAGCAAGGCUGUCACGUCCUCAACUCCCUGAGCUACCUGCGGAAUGAGAGCACAGCCUCAGAGCUCAACAUCGAGGAUUUCUUCAGUCAUCACCUGGCGGUGUACAGCAGCCCCCAGUUUCAUAAGAUCAUGGCCACAUUCCGCAACCUGACGUCCCUGACACUCAACUACAACUGUAUUUCUGAUGAGCUGUUGGAGAACUUGAGUGAGAACAAUGCUGGCACACUCUGGACCAUGAAUAUCAAAUGCCACAUUCAUGACCCUCAUGGGCAGGUCGUCUGGGGCAUGUCCUGGGCCAAGCUGGCCAAGCAGGCCAGCAACCUGAAGGUGAACUUCUUCUUCGAGCGGGUCAUGAAGUACGAGCGCUUAGCCAGGAUCCUCCUGCAGGAGAUCCCCAUCAGGAGCAUCAGCCUGAGGAGCUGCUACUUCAGUGACCCAGACUGGUCCAUGCGGCCCACUCUGAUGGACCUCCUGCCCACAUUCCGGCACACUCUGCAGAAACUAACUUUUGAAUUCAACAACAACCAUGAGUCACUUGAUGAGGAGUUGCACCUCCUCAUCCUAUCCUGUAGAAAGUUGUUUUACUUCAAAAUCUGGGCUUUCCUCGAUGUUAAGUUUGUGGAGCGGAUCCUGAAGAGCCAGGAGGAGGGGCAGUGCACCCUGCACACACUCAAGGUAAGAAUUUAUACAAACAGAUAUGAGACAAAUGAAGAGGACAGGACCCUCCGGGAAAUUUACAGGAAGUACAGAAAACUGAUCGAUUCAGAGCUUAACUAUUUUGUCAUCGCCUACCCCAUGAUGUAAUGAGCGCUCUCCAGAGGAGGAAGCUAGGUGCACUUUGAACUUGAAAAUCUAGUUCUCAAAGAACUACACUUGGGGCAUUCCCAAGCCACCCCGUUGUCUUCUCUUUCCUUUUUACCAGUUCCAUACCAGCAUAAACAGCCUGGCAAAGGCUGGGACUGCUGGUGAUGGGAAGGUUCCAGGUGACUUUAAAGUGCUAUCUUCACCAAC